AUGUCCGAUCCUCGCCGCGUCGCUCUGGUCACCGGUGCAUCCCAGGGCCUCGGGAAAGCCAUCGCGCUGCGUCUCGCCAAAGACGGCUUGCACGUCAGCCUCAACGACAUCGCAUCGAAGGCCGAUGCGCUCAAGGAGGUCGCGAGUCUCGUUGAGCAGCAUGGGGUGCGCUCUGCUGUCUUCCCCGGAGACGUCACGCAGGAGAGCGAUGUGAAGGCCAUGAUCGAUGGUACGGCGGAUGCGCUUGGCGGCUUCGAUGUGGUGUCCAUCGUCGAGCAGGCUCUAUCCGCUGGCGCUCACUCGUACACAGAGUCGGUCGCGGACUUCAACCGCGUCUCAAAUGUGAACAUAACAGGAUGCUUCCUCUGCUAUCAGUACGCAGGGCGCAAGAUGAUUGAGAAGGGCCAUAGACAAGGGCGUAUCAUUGGCGCUUCCUCGCAUUCAGGGAAGCGACCCGCGACCGGCCAAACGUCCUAUGUAGCCACCAAGUACGCCGUUCGGGGUCUAACCUCGUGUACAGGUAUGCUCCUACCAUAUUCCAAGAUCAUGUACGCACCUGACCGCAUCGCAGCGCUCAACCUUGGCCCUCACGGUAUCACUGUCAACGCGUACGCACCGGGGAUGAUGGAGACCGCGAUGGGCAUGGACGUCGUCGGUGGACAUACCCUAGUGAAGUGGGCCAACCAAGUCCCCAUGCGUCGACACGGCACGCCGGAAGAUGUCGCCAACCUGGUCUCCUUCCUAGCAAAGGAGGAUACUAGCUAUAUCACAGGUAGACUUCCGUCUAUAUCCGUCGACGGCGGUGCCGCCAUGGAUUAG